CCCCGAGCUGGGAGCUGUAGGGUCGGUAAUGUCGAGGAGGAUGGAGUGUACAAUCUGAGGCGAUAUCGGCGGCAUCCUGUGUCCCAUAGCAGCCAAUCUUUUUAAUUCUAGAAGUUGGACGUGACAUUUUAUACUCUGUGAUUACAGAACUAAUGCAAUCAUGUUUUUGUAUAACCUGACUCUCCAGAGAGCAACUGGCAUAUCACAUGCCAUUCAUGGAAACUUUUCAGGCACCAAAAUGCAGGAGAUUGUUGUGUCUAGGGGAAAGAUCUUGGAGUUGCUCCGUCCAGAUGCAAAUACCGGAAAAGUACAUACGUUGCUGACAGUGGAGGCCUUUGGAAUAAUUCGUUCUUUGAUGGCCUUCCGUUUAACUGGAGGCACCAAAGAUUACAUAGUAGUGGGUAGUGACUCUGGUAGGAUUGUUAUCCUGGAGUACCAACCAUCCAAGAAUAUUUUUGAUAAGGUCCAUCAAGAAACCUUUGGGAAGAGCGGAUGUCGGCGUAUUGUACCUGGACAGUACCUGGCAGUUGACCCAAAAGGUCGUGCUGUUAUGAUUGGUGCUAUUGAGAAGCAAAAGUUGGUCUACAUUCUGAACAGGGAUGCUGCUGCUCGCCUCACCAUCUCCUCCCCUCUAGAAGCGCACAAAGCAAAUACGUUGGUGUAUCAUGUCGUUGGUGUGGAUGUGGGGUUUGAAAAUCCUAUGUUUGCUUGUCUUGAGAUGGACUAUGAGGAGGCAGACAGUGAUCCUACUGGUGAAGCAGCUGCUAACACUCAACAGACAUUGACAUUCUACGAGUUGGAUCUGGGUCUGAACCAUGUUGUGAGAAAGUACAGUGAACCUCUGGAGGAGCAUGGCAACUUCCUAAUUACAGUUCCAGGAGGCUCAGAUGGGCCGAGUGGUGUACUAAUCUGUUCCGAAAACUAUAUCACUUAUAAAAACUUUGGAGACCAGCCAGACAUCCGAUGCCCCAUCCCCAGGAGGAGGAAUGACCUGGAUGAUCCUGAACGGGGAAUGAUUUUUGUCUGCUCUGCUACGCAUAAAACAAAGUCCAUGUUCUUCUUCCUGGCACAGACUGAACAAGGUGACAUCUUCAAAAUUACACUGGAAACAGAUGAGGACAUGGUGACUGAAAUCAGGUUGAAGUAUUUUGACACUGUCCCUGUGUCAACUGCCAUGUGUGUACUGAAGACUGGGUUCCUCUUUGUCGCAUCAGAAUUUGGCAAUCAUUACCUUUAUCAGAUUGCACAUCUCGGAGAUGAUGAUGAUGAACCAGAGUUCUCUUCAGCAAUGCCCUUAGAGGAGGGAGAUACAUUUUUCUUUCAGCCACGACCUCUCAAGAAUCUGGUAUUGGUGGAUGAGUUGGACAGCCUUUCACCAAUUUUAACAUGCCAGAUUGCUGAUCUGGCUAAUGAAGACACACCUCAGCUAUAUGUUGCCUGUGGGAGAGGGCCGCGGUCGUCAUUGAGAGUCUUGAGACAUGGUCUUGAGGUAUCAGAAAUGGCUGUUUCAGAGCUGCCCGGUAACCCAAAUGCUGUAUGGACUGUGAGAAGACAUGUGGAAGAUGAGUAUGAUGCAUACAUCAUUGUGUCUUUCGUGAACGCCACGCUGGUACUGUCUAUUGGUGAAACCGUAGAGGAAGUGACAGACUCUGGAUUUCUGGGUACAACCCCCACACUGUCCUGUUCCUUGCUUGGUGAGGAUGCACUGGUCCAGGUGUAUCCUGAUGGGAUCCGUCAUAUCCGUGCUGAUAAGAGAGUCAAUGAGUGGAAGACCCCUGGUAAAAAGACAAUUGUGAAAUGUGCUGUGAAUCAGCGCCAGGUGGUGAUUGCUCUGACAGGCGGAGAACUGGUCUACUUUGAGAUGGAUCCGUCUGGACAACUGAAUGAGUACACUGAACGGAAAGAGAUGUCAACUGAUGUGGUCUGCAUGAGUUUAGCAAAUGUACCUCCAGGGGAGCAGCGUUCUCGAUUUCUGGCUGUUGGGCUCGUAGACAACACUGUCAGAAUCAUUUCUCUGGACCCUUCGGACUGCCUGCAGCCUCUCAGUAUGCAAGCUCUUCCUGCACAGCCUGAAUCUCUCUGUAUAGUUGAGAUGGGGGGUGCAGAGAAACAGGAUGAACUGGGAGAAAAGGGUUCCAUCGGUUUUUUGUACUUAAACAUUGGUCUACAGAACGGAGUGUUAUUAAGGACAGUAUUGGACCCAGUCACUGGAGACUUGUCAGAUACAAGGACCCGGUAUCUCGGAUCACGACCUGUCAAGCUUUUCAGGGUUAGGAUGCAGGGACAAGAAGCGGUUUUGGCCAUGUCGAGUAGGUCCUGGUUGAGCUACUCAUACCAGUCUCGUUUCCACCUGACACCUCUGUCCUAUGAAACUCUCGAGUAUGCGUCUGGCUUUGCCUCAGAGCAGUGUCCUGAGGGUAUUGUGGCAAUCUCCACCAACACAUUGAGAAUCUUAGCCCUUGAGAAGCUGGGAGCGGUAUUCAAUCAAGUUUCCUUCCCUCUGCAGUAUACCCCAAGGAAGUUUGUUAUUCACCCAGAAAGCAACAACAUCAUCGCCAUUGAGACUGAUCAUAACGCCUACACAGAAGCCACCAAAGCCCAGCGCAAACAGCAGAUGGCUGAGGAAAUGGUGGAAGCAGCUGGAGAGGACGAGCGAGAAUUGGCAGCAGAGAUGGCAGCUGCCUUCUUGAACGAGAACUUGCCUGAAUCCAUUUUUGGAUCCCCAAAGGCAGGGAGUGGGCAAUGGGCAUCCGUUGUUCGAAUAAUGAACCCCAUCCAAGGCAAUGUGUAUGAUCAGAUCCAGUUGGAACAAAACGAAGCAGCCUUCAGUAUUGCUGUUUGUAAGUUUGGGAAUGGUGGUGAUGAUUGGUACGUGCUGGUAGGGGUUGGCAAGGACCUAAUUCUCAAUCCUCGCUCGGUUGGAGGCGGAUAUAUUUACACCUACAAACUUAUAAACAGCGGAGAGAAGCUAGAAUUCGUGCACAAGACAUCCAUUGAAGAUGUUCCAACAGCCAUUGCCCCUUUUCAAGGCCGUGUUCUGGUUGGAUUGGGGAAACUCCUGCGCAUCUAUGAUCUAGGGAAGAAGAAGCUGCUGAGGAAAUGUGAAAAUAAGCAUAUUCCAAAUUUCAUAGUGGCGAUCCACACCAUUGGACACAGAGUCAUUGUCUCCGAUGUACAGGAGAGCUUCUUCUGGAUUCGUUACAAACGCAAUGAGAACCAGCUGAUUAUUUUCGCUGAUGACACAUUACCCCGCUGGAUCACCACAGCUUGUCUGCUGGACUAUGAAACAAUGGCUGGUGCUGAUAAAUUUGGCAAUAUCAGUGUGGUGAGAUUGCCUCCAAACACAAGUGAUGAUGUUGAUGAGGAUCCCACUGGGAACAAAGCAUUGUGGGAUAGAGGUCUACUUAAUGGAGCUUCCCAGAAGGCAGAGAUCAUUGUUAAUUAUCAUGUGGGAGAGUCAGUCCUUUCAUUACAGAAGACCACGUUAAUUCCUGGUGGUUCAGAAUCACUUGUGUACACAACCUUGUCUGGAGGCAUUGGGAUCCUAGUUCCAUUCACAUCACAUGAGGACCAUGAUUUCUUCCAACACCUGGAGAUGCACAUGAGAUCAGAACACCCUCCGUUGUGUGGUCGUGACCACCUUAGUUUCCGCUGUUAUUACUUCCCAGUGAAGAAUGUAAUUGAUGGCGACCUGUGUGAACAGUUCAACUCAAUGGAUCCCAUAAAACAGAAGAGUGUGGCAGAGGAACUGGACAGAACACCUGCUGAGGUGUCCAAAAAACUGGAAGACAUCCGAACACGUUAUGCAUUUUAGAAGCAUGUACACAAUCUGUCCCUCGGAAACAUAUGGCGCUUCACUUUUACGUGCAAUGAUGGCAUUGCACAAUGCCAGGAAGUGCAUGAGCAGAGUGUGGUUCACUCAGAAAAGCAACUUUCACUGUUUGAAAGGGCUGGAACUUUCUCUUGUAAAUAUAGUUUUGUACAUUAAAAUGUUUAAAGGUUUUGUUGGGAGGGAGGGUUAGGGCAUGCAUAGAACAUUUUUUGCAAGGGCUUUUGAAAGACACUGCUGUGAGAAUAGCACCCUUUUUUUAAAAGGAGAGUUGCUUUUCCAUUUGAGAACAGCAGAAUAAAGUCCUCGUUUUAAUAAG